AUGGAAGAUACUAAUCCAGAAGACAGUUAAGAAUUCACUGAAAUUUAUGUCUGGGGAAAUGAUUAUUACGGUUAGUUGGGAGUAGGGCUCGAUUAGACAAUACAUCAUGUGCCAAAAGUCUGUUCUUUUAACAUAGUCAUUAAUCAAGUGUCAUGUGGAGAUGAGCAUACGGUUUUUGCUGCUGAGCAAGAAGGUCUUGUAUACUGCAUGGGAUCAAAUCAAGAUGGCAAGCUGGGUGUGGGCGAAAAGACUCUAAGAAAUUCGAAUGUGCCUUGCCUUGUUGAGGGGCUUUCAGACAUUAAGCAAGUUGCAUGUGGAUCUUCACACACUUUGGCUCUAAGUAGAAAGGGAGAAGUUUUCUCUUGGGGAUCAGGAUUUUAUGGAGCAUUAGGUGUUGGAGAAGCAAGAGUAAACGAUAGACCGCAAGCAAUUAGAGCAUUACAAUAGGAAAAUGUUAUAGAUAUAGCUGCAGGAAGUAGACAUUCAUUGUUUCUCUGUGUUAAUUAAAGAGUUUACGCUAGUGGAGAGUCAAAGUCGGGUUAAUUGGGACUUGGCCAAUCAUAAAAUUUACCUGAGAGAGUCUUAGUUCCAUCGAUAAUUCAAGCAUUGAAUGGGCAAAGAAUAAAUAAAGUGUGCUGUGGAAAACUUCACUCUAUGUUUUUAACAUAAUAAAAGGAAGUAUACGUAACAGGUGCAAAUAACUUUGGAUAGUUGGGAAAUGGAACUAAAGCGAAUCUCUAUGUACCAGAAAAAAUCAAAGGACUUUCAGAUGUAAGACAGAUGUCAGCGUGGCAGUAUUCUGCUGCAAUUACUCAUUCAAAUCAAUUGUAUGUUUGGGGCACUGGAAUAUUUGGUGAGUUUCUAACUCCUCAGCUAUCUUAAUUCUCGCCUGAUAAGUGUCCCUCUCAAUAUGAUAGUGUUCAUGUUGGAGGAAAUUUCACAGUUUUGAUUGAUAGAGAUAGAAAACCCUACGUUUGGGGUGCUAAUACAAGCAAUGAAAUCGGCACUGGUGAUUCAUAACCAUAGCUAUACCCAGCCUUACUUACAUAAAUAGAGGAUAAAUAAGUUUUUGGCUUGGGCAUUGGAAACACCUUUGCUUUUGCUUUAGGUUAAAAACUUAGAAGCAGUGAUAACUAUCAAUCAAGCAACACAGAAGAAGUCUAAAAUUCUUAAUAAACUGAAUAUUAUGUUGGCACCAGAUUGAUAGGAAAGUAUAAUGAAACAUCAGAGGUUUCAAACACAUAUAAUACUGAAUAUGAUGAAACCAAUAGAAGAUAUCAAAAUCCUUCACUUUAUGAGUAGUAAUAGCAGCCAAAUAACAAUCAAAGAGAUACCUCUUAGACUCGAUAAAUUGCUAAUAACUACAGAUAAAUAUAGAAUGAAGCAGCAUUUGAAAGAGUAUUAACACCUCCAUAUGAUUAUUAAAACUACAAUCAAAGAAAAGAAGAGGUCGGACCUACUAUGAAGCAUACAAUCAGUCAUACAGAUAUAUAUCAAAAUUAUAAAAAUCAACCAAUAGUAAACGCUCAAUCUAAGGCUGAAGCCAGUAACAGCACAGCUCUACUUGAAAAGAAAAUAUAAGAUUUAACUUACUAGAAUCAUGAGCAAGAACGAACAAUAAAAUUACUUAAAGAUGAUAAUACCAGACUUCAAUAGAAUGACGGACUUAAGCAGGAACUUGAAGCUAUUAAAAAGUCAGAAGCUUAGAAUAAGGUUAAACUUGGCGAGUUAGAAGGCAAAUUCAAAGACUUUGAGAAGUUGAAGUAGGAUUAUUAGCAACUUAAGGAUGAGAAUGUCAAGCUUAAGAGAGAAAAUGAUGAUCUCACUUACAAACUUACUAGAGCAUAGUAGUAAUAAAACUAUAACUCAGGCGGGCACAAACAUCAUAAAAAUAAGAAUCCUUACCAUAAAAACGGUGAUAGCAGUAAUAACACUACCACGAUUGAUUUCAAUUCGCCAGGCUAGAUGAAAAAACUUGAGGAGGACUUGGGCUCACCUAUUACUACAGUGAACUAGAAUGACUUGACUACUUUGAAAAUUGAAGAUUUAGACGAGGGGAAAAAAGGCUAUAACCCUGUUUGGAGACUAUAGAUAACUGAUGAUAAAAAUAUGGUUAAGUACGAUGGUAAAUUCUUAGACAGAAAUCAAAAUCUAGACAACUUCGGAGUGAGAGACAUUCCUAACUAUACCAGGAUUAAUCAUUAUGACUAUAAACCUUAGAAUUUAGAAUAGAAAUAUUAAGAGAUUGCUAGAAAUGAACCUAACAGAGAUAGAGUCGAUCCUUAUGCACUUCCUAGAUUUGGCAUGAAUCCAGACAGAUAUGAUAUAAAAACAUAAGAUAGAUACGACUAUUAAAGAAAUGACUAUAAAAGACCUGCCGCUGCCUAAGACUAAAAAGAGAAUCAAAUAGAUCCUUUAGCUUACCUAAACAAGAACAAUCAAGUAUUUUCAGAUGAUAGGGGAGAGAAAAAACAGCGAGAAAGACUAUACGACUACGAAAAUAGAAAGGAUUAUGAAGAGGCGCUAUACAAAAGAUAAUUCCAAGAUGUUAAAGAGGAAAAAACAGCACUCUAACCGACUACUAAUGCUGUUCAAAAUCAAUAUAACAGACCACUUCCAGUUACAAAUGAUUAUCAAAAACAUUAUGAACCUGUUAGUGCAAACAGACAUCUUGAUUAUAAGCCGUAGUAUGUACCAGCUACUGGCCUGAGAAAUGAUUACAAAUCUAAUAAUGACUAUGAACCUGUAUAUAACAGAAAAGAUGCUAAUCUGGAUAAACAACCUGCUAAUAAUCCUCCUCUAACCAACUACCAGCCUGCUUCAGCUCUAAAUAAACCACCAGCUACUCAACAUUAAGCCAGAUAGACUCCUAGCUUUAUCAAUAAUUAUGAGCCAGUAACUCAAAAUAAUGUGAAAUACGAGCAGCCAAUAUCAAAUCCACAUGUAAAUAACAGGCCUAAUCCUACUAAUUAGGAAAAUAAUACCAGUUACUAACCUACCCAUAAAACUAACAACUCUUAUAACAUACCACCUUAUGUAAAUAAUACGAAAGAUGAUGCUUCAGAUAAGUUUAGAAUAAACCUAUAGCCGAUCCAACCACAAACUAAUCCUACUUCACCAUUAAAUAGGAACAACCCACUUUCUCCUAUUAAUGAUAAGAACCUUUUAAAUCCAAACUACGUACCUAGCUCCACUAAGUACUCCCCUGCCCCAGCUGAUAAGCUUCAGUAUAAUCCACAAGGCUAAAACAAUAUUGCAAAGGCAGGAGGUAUUGCCAGAGUCGAUGAAAUCAGGUAGAAACUUGAUAAGUUUAAGCAGUAAAGAGAGGAAACUGGUAAGCUUGUACAAAACUAUAGAAAAUGA